UCCGUGCAAUACUAAACGUAAUUCGAAGUUUUACCUGUCAAAAAGAUGCUCCGUUGCGUUCUUUUUUGACAUCUGUUUAUUAUAUUAUUAGAUGUGAUUGUUAGUGGAGUACUGAAUGAUACUGGGUUUGUAAAUGCAAGCAAUGAUAUUGGUCCAUUUCGUUGUAAAACGUUAGUGGAUGCUGGGAGUUUGUGGCGAACGGACGUAUCAUUCUUGUCCGCUCUCCAUUGCCGAACAUCGAUAAUUUUUUCGUCAUCUAUUAGUAAACGGUACUUUUUUAGUGUGUGCCAGUGUUUUAUUUUUUAUUCAGUGUCAAAUACCUCUUAUUGAGAUAAGAAUAAAAAAAGUUCGCAUACGACUCAUCAAAUUUUUAAAAGAUAUUCAGCAUGUUUCUACACAAUCAGAACGGACGGACAUAACUGUAUAGUUUGUGAAUGUGUUUAAAAUGAUAAAAUACGUAAAAAUAUAAUAAUUAGGAUGUGAAAUCAUGUUGGAAUGCCUGCCCCGGUGGAGCGCGGUACGCAACAACAGUGCUCGUAACAUCGGAGAGAGGACGCGAUUGUUUUUUGUUCUUCUGCCCCUCUUCUUGCUUCUGUCUGUACGAAGCAGUGAAUCGGGCGGAGUAUCAUUGGGAGCACAUCUCGUGUGCGCAAGAGUCGCCGGAUUAACGGACAAGCAGCGAGCUAUGUGCAGGUCUUCACCAGCCGCCAUUGCCGCUGUUGGAGACGGCUUAAGAAUGGCGUAUGCGGAGUGCCGGGAGCAACUCAGUGGGUACAGAUGGAACUGUUCAGGUGUUGGCGAUGGAAAUGAUUUCGGACAUGUUAUGCCUUUAGCGACAAGAGAAGCAGCUUUUACAUACGCGAUAACAUCCGCGGGUGUGACGCACGCACUGAGCGCUGCGUGCGCACGCGGCGACCUGCCCGCCUGCCAUUGCAACUCUAAUAGGAGAAGAAUGACAGGUCCAUCGGAACAGUUCCAAUGGGGAGGUUGCGGGGAGGCGGCGUACGGCGCGCGCUUCGCUCGCCGAUUCCUAGACGCUCGCGAACUGGAGUCUGAUGCAAGAAGCCUCAUGAACCUGCACAACAACAGGGUCGGCAGGAAGGUGAGCGAGAUAGUAAAAGACCUAGUGCGUCGUGAGUGCAAAUGUCACGGCGUUUCCGGUUCCUGCGCGCUCCGGACAUGCUGGCGAGCGCUACCGCCUUUCCGGACGGUCGCCGCUGCACUAAGGGAGCGAUACCACCGUGCUAAGAUGGUCACCCUCCACCCGCCGCCGGACACUAAUGCACCGCAUUCGCAUCUCGUUAUACGAAGGGCGCGACAGAAUGCGGGCGUUGGCCGUCAGCCGCGCAAGUCGGAGCUUGUCUUCCUGGAGCCUUCGCCCUCGUACUGCGAGCCUGACGUCGCAGCGGGCUCCUUCGGCACGCAUGGACGGCAUUGUAACAGGACUUCUAGAGGGGAAAACGGUUGUGAAACUUUAUGUUGCGGUCGCGGCUACAACACAAUACGCACUGUGGAGGAGACGAAAUGUCGCUGUCAGUUCCACUGGUGCUGCCGGGUGACCUGCGACAAAUGUAUCACUCGUACUGAAACUCAUGUUUGCAAAUAGACAUGUAUUUUUAUCAUGUAAAAUUUGCAGAAUAUAGAAUAACGCCAUCUAGCGAUGAGAAGCGAAACAAGUUUAUAUACUACCGCCAUCUAUUGUAUUUUAUCAUUAAGUCUGCUAUGAUAUUUUGUAUAACGUUGUUGUAUUUGAACUAUUGUACAGCUGUUUAUUUCAUUAUUUAAAAUGCAUAGCAUUAUUAUUUGUGAGUAGUAUUAGAUAUUAUUUUAUUCUA